AUGCACUCUCUACAGCUCAGCUUACACGCCGCGGUUCUGGUGGCGGCGGCGACCCUCGUCCUCUUCCCCUGCCCACAACAGGUCCGCGCCUACUCCUGCCAGCACGACCACGUCAUCGCCGGGUUCAAAGCGACCUGGGUGUCCACUACACAGAGCUACGACAGCUCGUCGACCCACUUCAAGCGCCAAAGUGCCCUGCCGACCAUCCUCCUACAAGCCAACACCACAACAGAUGACGGGUAUCGCCCAAUCCGCAUUCGCGCCGAUUACAGCAACAUCGACAUCGACACCGACUUGGAAGGAUACAUCAGCAAGGUGUUGAUGCCCGCCGCCCUCAAGUGGAUCAGCAGCGCGCUCGCCGUGGUUCCCGUGCAGGGAAAUCUCACCCUUCAGCGGCAGUGCAUUCGAUUCUACACCAGCCCGUUCCGCUGCAUCGAAUACGCGCCGCCGACCUGCGGCAGUCUGGCCACGAUCCCAUCGGCGCACUUUGACGCGGGCGUGCCCAACGCGGACUUCAUCGUCUACGUCACCAACCAGCCCAGCGUCGGAGAAGAGAUCGCCAACGGAGGGACUUGCCAGUUCGAUCAGAACGGGAGGCCCGUAGCUGGCGGCGUCAACUUCAGCCCACAGAACUUCGGGAAAGCGCAGAACGGCACGGAGGACUUCCGUUAUCAGGUCAACGCCGUCGUCCAUGAACUGUUUCACGCGCUGGGCUUCUCCUCGUCCCUUUUUGGCCAGUGGCGCAACAGCCAGGGCGAGCCCUACGAUUCUGCCCGCGAGUUCUUCGGUUGCCCCAACCUCAACGGCGUCGAGCUGGAGGACCAAGGAGGCCAAGGAACCGCCGGCUCGCACUGGGAGAAGCGAAUCCUCAACCAAGACUUCAUGACGGGCGUGGGCGUCUAUGGCGACUACGCGGCCAAGUCGGCCGUCACUCUGGCCGCCAUGGAGGACUCCGGCUGGUACCGCGCCAACUACUCGGCCGCUGAGACUCUAUAUUGGGGCGCGGGAGCCGGUUGCGAGUUCACGACGGAGGCGUGUCUUAGCCUUCCGGGUCCCACCACGCCGUUCUCGUCCUAUUUCUGCACCGACACCAGCCGUCUGUCCUGCACACCGGGGCGCUUGGCUAGAGGCAACUGCAAUCUGGCUACGUACACGCAGGAUCUGCCGUCGGCGUACCAAUAUUUCAGCGAUCCCACGAGGGGAGGCGCCCUCCAGCUCAUGGAUUUCUGUCCCUACUACCAGCCCUUCCUAGGAGCGAACCGGACCUCGUUGUGCACGGAGCCGCUGAACCAGCCGCCCGUCAACUACUGGGGCGAUCCACAAUCACCGAUUCCAGGUACGCUGCAGGUGUCGAUCAAGGGCGCGUGGGUGUCGUGUCCGACGGCCGGCGGCUCCAUCAGCGUGUCCGGGUUCAGGGGCGCCUUCACCUGUCCGCCCGCCAACGAAAUGUGUCCACCGCCGGCGGCGGCCUCCCCCUCCACCUCGCCCGCCCCGAGCGCCUGA